AUGGCCGCGUGGGGCGCGCGGCUGGCCGGCGUGCGCGGGGUGCUGCUCGACAUCUCGGGCGUUCUGUACGACAGCGGCGAGGGCGGCGGCAAGCCGAUCGCCGGCUCCGUGGACGCGGUGGCGAGACUGAAGCGGUCGGGGCUGAAGGUGAGGUUCUGCACCAACGAGUCGCAGAAGUCCCGCAGUCGCCUGGUCGGGGAGCUGCGCAGCCUGGGCUUCAACAUCCAUGAGGGCGAGGUGACCGCCCCGCCCCCAGCCGCCUGCCAGCUCCUGAAAGAGCGAGGACUCCGGCCACACCUGCUGGUCCAUGACGAAGUCCGCUCAGAAUUUGAUCAGGUCGACACGUCCGACCCGAACUGCGUCGUCAUCGCAGACGCGGGCGAGGGUUUUUCUUACCAGAACAUGAACAAAGCCUUCCAGGUGCUCAUGGGGCUGGACACGCCUGUGCUCAUCUCCCUGGGACAGGGACGCUACUACAAGGUGACCUCGGGCCUGAUGCUGGACGUUGGUGGCUACAUGAAGGCGCUCGAGUACGCCUGUGGUGUGGAGGCCGAGGUGGUGGGGAAGCCUUCUCCCGAGUUUUUCAAGUCCGCCCUGCAGGAGAUGGGGGUUGAGGCCUGCCAGGCUGUCAUGAUCGGGGACGACAUCGUGGGCGACGUUGGCGGGGCCCAGCGGUGCGGGAUGCGGGCGCUGCAGGUGCGGACCGGGAAGUUCAGGCCCAGUGACGAGCACCACCCCGAAGUGAGGGCUGACGGGUACGUGGACAACCUCGCAGAGGCCGUGGAUCUGCUGCUGCAGCACGUGGACCAGUGAUGGGUCUCCUGAGACGACCCCAGCCUCCUGCCACCCUCCCCCAGUGCCCGGACCACCCGAGGCUCCGCCCCCCACCCUCCCCAGGCAGAGGAGAGGGCACAACCAGACAGCCGUGGGCUCCUAGCCUCUUCCUGUCUCCUUCUGCCGACCCUCUCUCCCUCCCCACUCAGGCCCCCAGCCUCCCCACGGUUGGU